GACUAGGCACAGUCUCUACACACCUUUUUCCAUGGAGUAAUUAAGGCCUGCCUCGGCGUGAGAGAGCACUCCCUGCCCAGCUGUGCGAGGCAGAGCUGACAGCACCAGCACCACCGAGCAUGAAGCUCCUGGGGAUUGCCUGCUCUUUUCUAGCUGCACUCUGUGUUUGCGCUGUGGGAGAUGAUGUUGUUCCAACCAGUACCAUCACUACAAGCGUUUCUGCAUUAACAUCAAAACCUGUAACGGAAGCUGUGAACCCAUCAACUCCACAAGCAGCAACACCACAAGCAUCAGUGCUGACAACAAUUACAAUCAGAGCUACAGAUGAACCCACCACAAGCAAGUCCACGGCGACUUCACCUAAUCCUACGCAACAAAUAACACAAGGUACAACAACACAACCACCGGUAAAAGCGACCACAACAGCAGCAAGUAAAAAUGACAGCACAACAACCACUACACAAGCAAGCACAACACAGCUGGCCCAAAAUGUGAGUUCGGGUGCUUCAUCGACUAAGGCAUGGUCUGUUUCUUCUACAAUCUCCCUACAAAAAACCACUUCUGCUCCUGGAACCUCAGGCCUUCAUGUGAGCUCCCCGACAGAACCGAUGACUCUUGGCAGUCCUGCAAGCAAUUCUGGAAACAAGAACGUGCCCGAGAAUGCUAUCCACUAUUCCAGUGUUAUCUUGCCAAUUGUCAUCACCUUGAUAGUCAUCACCCUCGCUGCCUUCUCGCUGGUGGCUUUGUACAGAAUGUGCCAGAAGAAAACUCCAGAGAGACAAGAGAACGGCACUGAACGGGCCCAGUCAGAUAAGGAAGGAGUCAAACUUCUUUCUGUGAAGACAACUUCUGCUGAGACUGACACAUGAAAUCCAGCUCAAUUAAAAGCUGUAUUAAUUGUUCGGCCAUUUGGAAAGUGUGUGUUGUAGCUACCUCUGUACACACCAACAAAGCUACGAAAGAUUUUGACUGAAACUAGAAAGUUCUGAAGAGCAUUAAUUAUUUUAUUUUUACUCUUUAUUCCAAAGGGAAGAUUUUGAGAUUAUAUAACUGUGUUAAAAACGUGUAGAAACAUAUAUACAAAACAAAUAAGGAUAGGAGCCACAAACUGCUCAAGCAGGCAACCUAGAAAAGCCAUGUGUCAGUGUUGUGUGUGAUAUAUCUUGAUCAAAGGUUAUGGUGAGUUUAAUCUUGCCUUAUUUUAUCUAUGUAAAAAUUAAGCCAGCUGCACAUGGUCAGUUGAAAGAGAUGUAUGUGUCCAGAGGGCUAUUUAUCCCAUCUGUCUUGGGCAUGUAUCUUGAACCGGAAUGUGUUGACCUAUGGAGGUCCAUUGACUACAGAAGGAUCCUGUUUUAGGACUUAUAAAAUUAGGAUCUGACUGUAAAUUGAAAGAAAAAAAACACUCCUUUUUCAGAAGCAUAGCUGAAUUAAGUUUAAUCAAGGGCAUUAUUUCAAAUACCUACAAUUAAUGUGAAAGAAUACAGGAAAACAUUAAGCCUGGACUAAAGAAAUAAUUUUUAAUGGAGCGGUAUCAUCAGGGCACUAGGUAAAACUGAUCUUUUAAUAUUGCCGUGUUUUAAAACUCUUCUUAGAAAGAUGGGGUCACUGAUGGUUGAGAAUUGAUGUAAAGCAAAAAAAAAAACCAGACAAAACUAAAUACCUUUACAUUUUCAUGCACAUUUGGCAGUGAACUGCAAUGCCCAACACAAGGUAAGUGCCUGUACUUGCAUCUUAUCUGAAAAUGCAGCCUGGAUAAAAAUGCUCAGGUUACUGAAUCAUUGCAGAAGUUUUACACUAAUGUGCAAAUGCAGGACUUACCGCAGCUGUUCCGUGUUGACUAUACAGACAAAUUUAGGGUGGCUCUUCCUAGGGAGAGAAGAUGGUUUUCUGUGGCACAGAACUCCAGAAAAUCUACCUGCAAAAAUAUUUCUUAUUUGGGAUUCAAUAUAGCUCACAGAACUGCAUGAUUGAUUUGUCAGUGGUAGAUACAUUUCCUGAGAAUAUAAGAUGGAGGGUUUUGCUUGAUGACUAAGAGGUCAAUACCAUCAUCAGUGGUGUUAAUGAUAAAGUAUUGUCUGUCUCGAAAACAUACCUAAGUUUUGCUGUGAGGGUUCUUGCGUAUUUCGCUGAAAAACAGUGAAGGUAUUGAUCACCUUUUAGGACUCAUGAAAAAUGUUGAGGGAUUGAAAUGCCUCAGUAACAGAAAAGUUGAGGAAUAGAAAUUGGAGUAAGGCUACUCCAUACAGAUUAAUGACUUUUUAUAGAAAAAUUGAUACCUGAGUUAUGACUUGAAAAUUUUCUUUUAUGGCCCUUGCCUGAAGUACCCAUUCUGGAGCAGGUAAAAUGUAUGAGGAGCCUUUAUAGCGGCAGCACACUAGUUCAAUAUUCAAUAUAAAGUCUCAUAGGAAUGUGGCAGGUGACGUAAUAUUUCAGAGUUUUUAGGUAUAAUCCUGGCACCUAAGCAGAAGCUGAUUCAUUAGGGCAUGUUUUCUAACCCGUGUGUGCUCUUUUGAGAGGAUAGAGCAGGAUGUGGCUCACUCGGCUUGUAGGGGUAUUGCCUGUUCUGCAUUGAAUUUGCUGGAAGGAUAUUACAUGUGUCAAAGCUGAUGGGGCUCAGGUUUUGUUGAGGCACUUGGAAUGGAAGGUGUCCAUCUGCACUGGGGCUUCCCGAGGUGCCCACUGUGGACGCAAAUGAAAAUUCAAGCAUUGCUACUAAAUAAAGCUGGGAAAAUGUACAAGGCCGACGUGGAUAUUUCAGGAGAGACCUGACCUGUCUCAUGUGAAACACCCUUAACUUAUUGUAUUCACGCUGGAGAAAGGGAUCACUCAAUAUCUAGAGGGGCUCUCAGACAGCACAAAAUAGUGCGAACCGAGGACAUAGAACAACCAGCAUUCCCCAUAUCCUUCACAUCUCUUCCAAAAGCUACUGUUGGUUAACAGUAAUAACAACCUCAGGACUGUUAUCUGCUGCUUCAGCUUGAUGUGCCUCCCGCCUGUAGAUGUUCGUAACAUUUCUUGGGUGCAUCCCUUGCACAAGAUGGGCUACGUACCUUGAAGAUAUAUGGGAUUUCAUGGCAUAGAUUAACUGAACCCCAUAACUUCAGUCACUUUGGAGAUGAUCCUAGUUUAUGCUUGCAGCAUUUUUCUGGACUUCCUGAAUUUCCAAAGCCUUCUCUGUAAAGGCUCUCAGGAUUCCUGGUCUUUGAUAUCAGAGGCUGGUGACUGCACUACACAUAGUGACCAACCACCAAAAUCAUCCCAGGACAAAGGAAAAACCCUUUUUCUUGUUCAGCACAGAAACCUGCCUCAGUCAUUGGAAUACACCUAAAGUUCAGCACCUGAUGAGACAGCCCAGAGUCUGGACCUGGAAAACCCUGUGGUCUUCUGAAAUGAUGUGGUUGAGUGACAAUACCUUCUUCACUGCUCCCCACGAAUCUCCAAAUGCUGGCACUGUUUAACUGUUCUGCUCACACACCAAACCACAGAUGUAGCUGUGGUACAACGGGACAAAUCAGGAGCUGGGGCAGAGUAUUCUUUCUCCUUGGUUUCUAUGAUGCGGAGCACAUCUGAGCAUGGACCGUGGCAUUUAAGGAGGGAGAAAAACUAGAAGCUGCUUCAUAGAAAAUGAUCCCCGUGCAACAGUGAGACAGAUCAAGUACUUGCUUCUUUUUCCUUCUCUUUCUCAUUUACUGAUACUGUAUUUUUUUUUUUUUUUACAACUUUGUAUUGUAUAACAGCCUGAAGUUGUGUUUUCUUUGUUUACGGGAACUGAAGAAUAAACUUCCUCAGCUUUUUUGCA